AUGGGUGCAUCCAAGUCGAAAAAGGGCGUUCGCUUCCCCCAGCGCAACACCCACAAUGGAAACGCCGAUGCUCGCAGGUCCAGCAUCAGCGACAUAAGCGAGGAUGGCUCUCCCACCAAGCAACGUGCCCAGGCUGCACUGGAACCGAAGCCCCCAACCAAGGAACAGGAAGCUGCCGAGUACGCCAAGAAAAAGGCCAACUUUUGGACCCGGACCCUCUGGACAUUCAUCAUGAUUGCCAUCUUCUUUGGCUCCCUCUUCAUGGGUCACAUCUACAUCAUCUUCAUCAUCACCCUCGUCCAGAUCGUUUCCUUCAAGGAGGUCGUUGCCAUCUCCAACGUCCCCAGCCGCGCCAGGUCCCUCAGCUCCACCAAGAGCCUCAACUGGUACUGGCUCGCCACGACAAUGUACUUUCUCUACGGAGAGAGUUUCACCAACUUUGCCUGGACGCACAUGGCCCUGUACCUCAUCGUCUUCCAGGCUCAUUUCAUCCUCAACAACGUCUUUGAGGGCAUGAUCUGGUUCUUCCUCCCCGCCGCCCUCGUCAUCACAAAUGACAUCUUCGCCUACGUCUGUGGUAUCGCCUUUGGUCGUACCCAGCUCAUCAAGCUGUCGCCCAAGAAGACGGUCGAGGGUUUCCUGGGCGCUUGGAUCAUGACCGUUGUCUGGGCCAUGCUCCUGGUCAACCUCAUGAAGCGCUCCAAGUAUUUCAUCUGCCCGGUCAAUGACCUCGGCGCCAACAUCUUCACCGGACUCGAAUGCGACCCCAACCCCGUCUUCCUCCCCCACACCUACCAGCUCUCCGAAUUCUCCUUCCUCCCACGCGACUACAAGAUCUCAUUCACCAUCGCGCCCAUCCAGUUCCACGCCCUCGUUCUGGCCACUUUCGCCUCUCUCAUCGCACCCUUCGGCGGCUUCUUCGCCUCGGGCCUCAAGCGGACCUUUAAGAUCAAGGACUUUGGCGACAGCAUCCCCGGACACGGCGGCAUGACGGACCGCAUGGACUGCCAGUUCAUCAUGGGCUUCUUCGCCUACGUCUACUACCACUCCUUCAUCGCCACAUACCAGCUCAAGCUGGGUUCUGUCCUCGAGACUGCCAUCAACGGUCUCUCGCCAGAUGACCAAAUUGAGCUGGUCAAGGGCAUGGGACGAUACCUCGCUAACCAGGGCAUCGUAUCGGAGGAU